AUGGCUACCAAGGAGAGCCCCCACGAGCACCAGCAGGCCUUGCUGCUGUCGCGCAUUAUCGGCAACAUCGAGAAACUGAAUGAAUCCAUCAUGGUCAUGAACCGAAACCUCCAGGAGGUCAACAUCCAAAACAUGAACGUGGAGCUCGUCGCGCAGAUGUUCAAGAACUACCAGUCGAAUGUCCUCUUCCACCUAGAAGCGACGGAGAAUCUGAAGGAUCCAUCCUAA